UUCCUCAGAGUGGGUCCAGACAGAAGGAGGCCAAUGACUGCCAUGCUCAGAGCUGUGUCGUGGGCCUUUAGGGGUCUUCGUAACUCCUCCAAGCCUCUGUCAGCAAGAAUGAGCAGCAGUAGUGCAGACAGGAGCUGUGCGCUGGCUGAGAAAGUGGCUGUGAUCACUGGGUCCACAAAGGGGAUCGGCUUCGCCAUCGCACGGCGCCUGGCCCAGGACGGGGCCCAUGUGGUCAUCAGCAGCCGGAAGCAGCAGAACGUGGACCGGGCAGUGGCCAUGCUACAGGGGGAGGGGCUGAGUGUGACGGGCACUGUGUGCCACGUUGGGAAGGCUGAGGACCGGGAGCGGCUGGUGGCCACCGCCCUGGAGCAUUGUGGGGGUGUCGACUUCCUGGUAUGCGUGGCAGGGGUCAACCCUUUGGUGGGGAGCACUCUGGGGGCCAGUGAACAGGUGUGGGACAAGAUCCUGGACGUGAAUGUGAAGUCCCCGGCCCUGCUGCUGAGCCAGCUGCUGCCUCACAUGGAGAACAGGGGGACAGGCUCUGUGGUUCUGGUCUCAUCUAUGGUGGCCUAUAUGCCAAUACCAAAGCUGGGAGUCUACAACACCAGCAAAACAGCACUGUUGGGUCUCUGUAAGUCUCUGGCUGUAGAGCUGGCUCCAAAAGGCAUCCGAGUGAACUGCUUGGUGCCAGGAAUAAUCAAGACUGAAUUUAGCCAAGCGGUGAGGAUCACAGUGUUUGGGGAACCCGAAGAGUGUGCAGGGAUUGUGGCCUUCCUGUGCUCGCCAGAUGCCAGCUACAUCACUGGCGAGAACAUCGUGGUAGCUGGCUACUCUCCUAAGCUGUGAAGCCGACUGUUAAGAGAAUGGGGCCAUAGUCCUUAGUGUGCAGCUGGGGGCUUGGUGGAGAAUAAGGAGGUGGGGAGCCUUAGGGUCCAGAAUCAUACAGGAAAUGAGAAGGAAGGCAAGAUGUUUGAAAUUUCUCAUUUGGAAAUAAACAUGUUUGGA